CGGUAGAAGAUUCAAUGGAAUGCCUCAGGGCCAUGCUUUCAGCAAACAUCCGUCAGAAUCUGCAGAUCUGUGUCCAGGUGGCUUCCAAGUACCAUGAACAGCUCACGACUCAAGCUCUCACUGAAAUCUUUGAGUCCUUUAAAAGCUUUGAAGGUUUGUUCUACUUCCUGGGUUCUAUUGUGAACUUCAGUCAGGAUCCUGAAGUUCACUUCAAAUACAUUCAAGCUGCCUGCAAGACCGGCCAGAUCAAAGAGGUGGAGAGGAUCUGUAGAGAGAGCAACUGCUACGACCCUGAGCGAGUCAAGAACUUCCUCAAGGUAAAGCCAAAACACAAAGAUAAUGGUGCAUUUUGA